GAAAAAAAAAAAAAAAAAAAAAAACGUGAGAACGCUCGAGCUCGAGCUCUCCUCGCCAGAAAAUUCGAUUUGAGUCGCCAUUGCAGCCGUAUCCUCUCCUCCGGCGAGCUGCGUCGAGAUAGAGAGAAAAGGAUACAAUGAUGGAGAACGUGAUCAUAUAUUUUAAAUGCAAAGGUCGCAUGUAUAGCUUGAUGAUGAAUACAUCGGAGGGGAAAAUAACGCUCUCCAUGUUAGAAGGUAGGAUAUGCACGAAGCUUGGAUUAGAUGAAAGUAAGGUUAAAUUGCAAAUGAGAUACAAUGCUGUGCUGAUGGGACCAACUGAAGAGAUUUACAUUAGUGAUGAUGAGGAUGUAGGUGUCUAUAUAUCUUCAGGUGAAAAUAACCGUAGAUAUGUUUUGAAUGUGGACGUCAUCACUCCACCAGAAUUGCCCGAGCAACUGUCGAGAGUGGAGCUCCUCAAUAAAAGUUCUGUUGGUAAGAACUAUGUGGAAUUGGAUUCAAAUGAGGAUGAAAUGAGAGAUAGUGCUGCCAUCGUUUUGUGCGAAUGCGAGGAGGAACAAGGAAUAGUACCAAAUGAGGCAAUAAUGGAGGUUGAUGAUACUCAAGAUCCUGAGAUUGGAUCACGUGAUGAAUCUAUGGAUAGAUGUGAUGAUAGGGGUGAUGAAUACGUUGAGCCACCGCCUGUUGUAGAAGCUGGUCAGUUUAAAAAAGAAUGGGAAGACGGUAUUGGACUGAUUUUACGACAAGAAUUUCCAAGCAGGGCGGCAUUGCAGGAAGUGGUGGACAAAGGUGCAUUUGCUAACAGUUUUGGUUAUGUUAUUAAAAAGUCUGAUAAGGAGCGGUAUGUCCUAAGGUGUUCUAAAGAAAGUUGUGUUUGGCGUAUACGAGCUUCAAAUAUUCGGAAUACAAGUAUUUACUCGAUUAGAAAGUACAACAAGAUGCAUACUUGUACCCGGAUAAGUAAGAGUAGUACAAGGAUGAGGAAGAGGAAAGGUACUCCUGAAUUAGUAGCAGCUCUUCUUCAUGAUACUUUUCCAGGACAAAUGGAAACUCCAGUUCCUAAGGUUAUCAUGGAGCUUGUUCAGACGAAAUUAGGUGUGAAGAUAUCGUACUCCACCGCAAUUAGAGGGAAAAGGAAAGCCAUUUGUGAUUUAAAAGGUAGCGCGGAAGAUAGCUACAAGGAUAUCAAUUGUUAUUUGUACAUGUUGAAGAAGGUAAAUGAAGGUACAAUAACAUAUCUGAAAUUGGAUGAGGAAGAUAAAUUUCAGUACCUAUUCAUAGCUUUGGGUGCUAGCAUUGAAGGCUUUCAAGUGAUGAGGAAAGUGAUAAUUGUGGAUGCAACACAUUUGAAGAACCGAUAUGGUGGUGUUCUAGUAUUUGCCUCAGCUCAAGACCCAAAUCGUCAUCAUUAUAUCAUAGCGGUUGGCGUACUCGACAGUGAGAAUGAUGCUAGUUGGGGAUGGUUCUUCGAGAAGCUGCUAACAGUUGUACCCGAUACUCCAGAAUUGGUAUUUAUGAGUGACAGAAAUUCAAGCCUCAUCAAAGGCAUACGUAAUGUGUAUUCCGCGGCUCAUCACGGGUAUUGUAUUUGGCAUUUAUCCCAAAAUGUGAAAGGUCAUGCCAUUAAUGUCAACAGAGACGUAGUCGCAUGGAGAUUCAUGGAAUUAAGUCGGGUUUACACCAUGGCUGAAUUCGAGAGGGAGUACAGAAUUUUUAAGCUAAGAUAUCCUUCUGCGGCCAAUUAUUUGGAGGAUACAACCGUGAAAGAAAAAUGGGCUAGGUGUUGUUUCAGAGGACAGCGAUACAAUUUGGACACAAGCAACUGUGUGGAAUCUUUGAAUUCUGUUUUCCUCAAUGCAAGGAAGUAUUCUUUAAUACACAUGCUUGAUGCAAUCAUGUCCAAGAUUUCUGUUUGGUUUAAUGAACAUCGGAAAGAAGCCGCGUCAGGAUCUAAUGAGAAUAAGUUGGUGCCUUUAGUGGAGAACUACUUGCAUGAUUUAUGGGUUGAAGCUGAGAAACUAAAAGUGACGGAGCUAAACACAUUCCAGCUUGAAUACAAUGUCAGGGGUAGUGAAGGGAAAGAAUAUUUUGUCAACUUACUCUUGAAAACUUGCAGUUGCAAGGUGUUCGAUAUCCAAAAGUAUCCUUGUGUGCAUGCACUAGCCGGUUUCAUUGCCUUCGAGAGAGAUACAACAAGAACUCGAAGUAUGGAAAUACAUGAAUUGGUUUCAAAGUAUUAUUGGGCGGAGAUGUGGGCAUUGGCAUAUUAUAGGACUAUCUAUUUAGUCCCGGAUAAGUCACAGUGGGAUAUCCCAGAUGAGAUCAAAGCGUUGAAGGUAUUACCUCUGCCUCGGAAAAAGAAGAAGGGUAGAACAAAAGUGUUGAGGCUUCCAUCCACCGGGGAAAGGCGUCCAAAACGUCAAAGGACUCAAAACAAAAGGAGGCCGAGGCAAUCGAUGCAAUGGUUGUUAUUUGGCAACCAUAGUAUUUGAUUUUAUCUGAACUUGAUGAUUUGUAAACCAUAUUUGCGUUGUACAACUAUGUAACACUAGAUUUGCCUCCUGUAAUACUAGGUUUUAAUUCACUGGCGUAAGGGUAAUACUAGUAUAACAGGUAUUACUAAUGAAAAAAUUAGGUAACACUGGUAUAACUAGUAUAACUACUGAAGAAAAUUAUGAAAUUUGAUAUUUCUAAUUUUUUCAACACCAACUAUAACAUAGACUAUUAAGUGAUAAUAAACUCUUACAAAUGAUUUAAAACGAAGUAAGAAUAGGGAAAAAAAUAUAUUUUCAUGUAAGAUUGUUUUAUGAGACUACAUCCAACAUAUUCCUUAUACUUUUAAGCUCACUUUUGAUAUAAACUCCAAUUUAGGAUUGAUAUUUUACAAUUUUAUAUAUUUUUAACAUUUUAUUACAUUAAACCUUUAGAAUUCAAUAAUAAUAGAGUUUCCUCAAGUGUACAACUAGAUAAAUCAUUUUUAAGGAUGUGUAAUACUGGUUAAAUUUGAAAACACCAAAAGUAAAACUAUGUGGACAAUUUGUACAACUGAAAACUAGGGUACAACUAUGU